GUCAAAGGUGCCACCAUGCUCACAGUGUGCACGUACAACAUCCGCUUCAUCCUUGAUCGAUGGCCCGAGCGCAAGCCUCUCGUGGAACAAGUGCUCCGACGCGCCAAAGCCGACCUCUACUCUCUGCAAGAAGUCAACAUUGGCGGCUACAAGUACGGCCAACACAUCCAAUUGCCAGCCACGGCAUUGCCCACCGACGAACCCUUUGCGACGUUUGGUGCACCCGCAGCUCGCCGAUACCUCGAGACGAUCCCCUUCGUCGGAUGGCUCUUCACCUGUGCGAACCCACUCGCUGCACUGACGUACGACCUGUGUGCGUGGUUCAACGAGCGGUACUUGGCCUCCAUCUUGGGGGGGCAUGUGCAGUGGCUGUACUACCAUCCGGUGUUGCAAAUCGUAACGUUUCUGGGCUUGGGCACGGCUUGGGUCUUUGGCACAUCUAUCCACGCUCGCCAAUCCCUCUCCCCCAAAGACCACACCCAACUGCUCAUCGGGGGGUGGAAGGUGGCCCAGCGUGUGCAAGCCACUGUCGACGGCCACGAUAUUGUCGUGGUCAACGUGCACUUGGCCUCGGACCGCGACGAAGAGCCGUUCCGAGUCGAGCAAGUGAGGCUGAUCGUGGAUUGGCUCGAAACAACGUCGGACGUAGCCAACGUCAUGAUCAUGGGCGACUUCAAUUGCGAACCGGACAAGGAGUGCUACUUAUACUUGGAAAAGCGGGGGUUUCUGAGCGCCCAUAAGGUCGUGCAUGGAGAGGAACCCCCGGUGACGUUUCAUCAAGGCUUGGAAGCCCCCACGAAAGACGUGGGCACUGAAGUGUGCCUCGACUAUGUGUUUUAUAAGGGCCAGUUGACCCCCCAGUCGAUUUCACUUGUUGGCACCAAGGCCAGUCCACAAGACUCGACGUUGUACCCAAGCGACCACUUUGGGCUGUUGGCCACUUUCCAAGUUGGUCCAAACCACUAAACUCAAGCUUGGCUAGCUUGCUUCGUCGUUCGUUCGUUGCAUGGGAUAGUGUGGUGGACUGUCCUGUCCACACACUCUCAUGGGGUUGUGCGCAAGUAAUGCAACCCAUUGCGAUUGCCCUUUCGCCAUGGUUCUGCGUUAACUGUAAAUAGGAGGAAGGAUAGUGUGGUCUACAUGUGCAUGCGACGAAGCAUGCCGUAGUCUUCCUUGUGACACUUCGUCGUCGUGGUGUGUGCUAGCUUCGCUGACACAGCCGCCUUGACGCAAGUAUUGCCGCGCUUCCACCCGUCUCAGGGCUUCUUG